AUGGAUAUCAAUGAGUUUUCCACUAGGAUUGUUGGAGUUUACAUGCUUUUGACAUCCUUCUGCGGAAUCCUUAUAAAUUUGUACAUGUUGUACUAUUUUUCCAAAUUACAAAAAACUAGUUUCUACAUUCUCUGUGCUUCGAAAACUAUAUCAAAUAUUUUUAUGCUUCUUACUUAUUUUUUCUACGUUGGUCCAGUUAAUGUUCUGUACACACCAAUUGGUCCCAGUGCGCUGAAUACAUAUGUUAAUCAGAUGAAUUCAUUCGGUUUUUAUUUGCAAGGACCUGUGACUCAGCUAAUGAUAACUGUAAAUCGAUUUUUGGUCGUGUGGAUUUCGGCGGCAAAAGCUUCAAAAGAUAGCAAAAAUGUUACAGUAGUAGUUCUAACAAUUUCAUGGGUUUUUGCAAUUUGGUAUUCAACAUUGCUAGGCUUUCCAGACGAUUGCCGAAUGCAAGUGAAUUUCGGGCAUGUUCCCUGGACCCGACCACCAUGUGCCUUGGAAAUGAUUUAUGUACUUAUUAUUAUCAUUUUUUCGCUAGGAGUUUUCACAAAUAUUUUGAAUAUUUUAAUAGCAAUCAAGUUAUUUAUUUUAUCGAAAUACUCGAAACUUCUCUCCUCUGUAUCCUUCCAAAACCGGCGGAAAUCCCGAAUCUACCUAUUCCUCCAGUCAUGUUUUCAAGAUUGGAUAGUCGUCGUCGAUAUCCUUAACAAUUUUGGAUCCAACGUUUACUGUGCAAACCGGACCUGUAUAGUCCUGGUGACAAUGGGCUUCGGGGUGAUGGUGUAUGCAGCGGAUGGAAUCGUCAUGUACUUAUUCAAUUGUAAAUUGAAUUCGGAUGUUAAUAAAAAUUCGAGAAAGCUGAACAGAGAUGUUAUUUCGCCCAACAGAAGGCUUUCAACUAUAGUGCCAAUUUCAUAA